CAUUCUCUUUACAUUUUGUAUUCGCACGCAAUUUAUGACAGAAUUAUGGAAAUAUAAACGGGAUGUCCGAAUUUAUUGCCUAUUUAUCGACAAAAUAAAAACGUUUUAUGAUUAAUUAUCGAAUAAUAAUAUAUAUUAUGCAAAAAUUCCAGGUGGAGAUGGAGAUAGAGAAUAAAGAAAAUUAUAAUGUAUUGAAUUCACACACAUAAUUUAUGGCAGAUUUAUGGAAAUAUAUACGGGAUGUCUAAAUCUCUAUCACCUUUGUCGACAAAAUAAAAACGAUUCGUUUUUAUAAUUAAUUCUCGAAUAAUAAUAUGCAAAAAUUCUACAUGAAGAUGGAGAGAUAGAUAGAGAUGGAGAAUAAGUCAAAUAUAAUAGAGGCCGUUUGAAAACGUAAUAUAUAUGUUCUAUAACCCAGGCAGAAAUUUGAAGAAGCAAAAAUGUAAACAGAGAAUACUGCAUAGGAAUAUAAAUUAACUCAUUACUCAUCAGCUAUAAAGAAAAAAAAGCAUAUCAGAAUCGUGAGUUUAAUUAUAAGAAUUAAUUAUAAGAAUUAUAAUUCAUACACAUCCCACUUAUUUAUGAUAUGUAUAUGACGCGAUAUCAUGACGAAAAUCUGAAAAAAGUAAAAAAGUAAAAGUAAAAAAUGUCACGGCCGGUUUUCAGCCAGUUUCAUAUAUAAAGAGUGUCGGCUUGACGCGUCCAUCACAUAGCGUGCUAACAUCGAUAGUAACGAUGGUGAAGCUCAUACAAAUCGCGCUGGUGGUAGCGAUCAUGCUAGCGUGCAUUUUCGCGAAACCGAUAGAGCUGUAUUCGGACAAGUAUGAUUACAUUGACAUCUGGACGGUCCUCAAAAAUAACAGAUUGCGACAGCAAUAUUACCAGUGCUUCACUGGAGAUGGUCCAUGCACCACAGCUCCUGCCAGACACUUCAAAGGUACGUAUAUGAAACGAAAAAAGGAAAUAAAAGAUACAAUAAUACAUAUGUUUUAUACAUAUCACAUUGAAAAUUACUUACCCCAUGCUUUUGCAACUCAAUGCAAGAGAUGCACAGAAAAACAAAAGGAAAUGUUUGCUGCAAUAGUGGCCUGGUAUGUCACGCAUUCUCCAAAGGAAUGGCAACAUCUUGUUAAAAAGCUGGAAGAAAGAGGGAAAAAUUUACAAAAUAAUCCUAAAUAAUUUUAAUUAUAACAA